GACGAGUGACAGCUAAUGGCGGUUAUAGAAGAAUGAAGUGGUAGACGAAAGCUGAAAAAUUGACGUCGGCUUGAUUGUACUAAGUGGAUUUUCUAGAUGAUUCGUUAAAUAAACUAAAAGGUGAAAUUGAUAUAAAACUAUCAAGGCAAAAAUCCAACAUGAAUACAGAUAAACUUUUAGCGACACUUAUUGUUUUGAUAUGCCACACUUUUUAUAACCCAACUGAUAGUGGAGCAGUACAAAUUACUCAAAGUAAUUUAGAUAUGGUUUUAGCUUCAAAUGAAAUUGUUUUUAUUAAUUUUUAUGCUGACUGGUGUAAGUUCAGCAAUAUGCUGAUGCCUAUAUUUGAUGAUGCGGCGGACGAAGUUUCAAAAGCCGGCUAUAAUCCUGGACAAGUAGUUAUGGGGAAAGUUGACUGUGACAAGGAACCUGCUGUAGCUACAAGAUUUCAUAUUACCAAAUACCCUACUUUAAAAUUAUUCCGAAAUGGAUUACCAGCUAAAAAAGAGUACAGAGGUCAGAGAUCUGUAGAAGCUUUUGCAGAAUUUAUUAAGAAGCAGCUAACUGAUUCAGUUGUAACAUUUAGUUCUUUAAAAGAGCUUCACAGCUUGGCAGAAGACAAGAGGCACAUUAUAGGGUACAUGGACAGAAGGGACCAAAAGGAGUAUGAAAUAUUGCGAAAGGUGGCUGCAACUUUGAAGGAUGAGUGUAUAUUUCAUGCUGGAUUUGGAGAUGCAUCUCAACAAAUGCAUCCACCAGGACAACCAAUUGUUGUCUUCAGAACUGACAGGAAAACGUCUGCUGAUCCCGAUGAAACUUACACGGGAUCUCUAUUAGAUUUUGAUCAGCUGCAUAGCUGGGUUCAGAAGAAAUGCAUACCAUUAGUCCGAGAAAUAACAUUUGAAAAUGCAGAAGAACUCACUGAAGAAGGGUUGCCAUUCCUGAUUCUGUUCUAUCAUCCUGAUCAUCCAGAGAGUAUUAAGAAGUAUAAGGAAGUUGUUUCAUUGGAACUGGAGUCUGAGAAACAAAAUGUCAACUUCCUGACUGCGGAUGGAGUGAGGUUUGAGCAUCCUCUGCAUCACCUUGGCAAGUCAGUCGCUGACCUGCCUCUGAUUGCCAUCGAUUCCUUCAGGCAUAUGUACCUGUUCCCCGAUUACAAGGAGAUGGACAAGCCUGGCAGGCUGAAGGAGUAUUUGAAAGAUUUGUAUUCUGGAAAAUUGCAUAGAGAAUUCCACUACGGCCCGGAAUCGCCCCAAGUGAUUAUGGUGAAUAAUGAAGUCAAGGUGACCACACCUCCUGAGUCUACCUUCAAAAAGUUAGCUCCGUCCAAAAACAGGUACACCCUACUCAGAGACGAAUUAUAAUUCGAUUUCAUUUCUAACUUAUUUAUUUGAAAUAAUUUGUUUAAUGUACAAAACGCAAAAUGUUCUCAUUUCGUGAAUACACUUACUUUAUUGCCUUCAAAGUGCUGUUUUGUUUAUAAGAACCUAAAGUCCUUAUUAAAAAAAAUCUAAUUAUUUUUACCAAUUCUCUCUUUUCAUCAGAGCGUUAAGACUAUUUGACAGAUAGAGAUGAGAGUGUUAAAAGUGCAAUUAGAUUUUUUGGUUUUUAUGAAUUAGUUCAUAGCUUUUUAUAGAAUAUUAAAAGUUUAGGUAGGAAAAUCGAAUAAUUGCAAUUUUUUAAAAUAAUUUCUCUAAUAACUGUAAAGACAUUCAAAUACUAAAUGUAUUAAAAAUUAUGUUUGAGGGUCAUUGAACUUAACACGUGUUUUUCCUUAAAUUGUAUAAAAAAAUAUAUUUGGUAUGACGACUUCCUAUGGGUUAUAUGGCAUUAUUAAAGAUAUUCAGUGUAUGAUACCGUUGAUACUAUGCGACAUGCGACCCGUUAUCGAAAGGCUAACAAACUGGCCACUUGACCAUUUUCAUACAAAUUCGAUUAGCCUAAAAAAAAUCACUCAAAAUCAAUAUGGCCCAACUCUGUUAAAUUCUUUUAAACUAGAGCUCGCUUUAACCACUUACCUAAUAACCGGUUUUUCCUUAAUAGUGAGUUUUGAAUAUGAUAAAGUAACAAUGGCGCGAUGUACAUGAAAUAAUAUGACGAGUCUCAUACAUGAACUUCGAAUGAACUUGGCCUAUGUAUACACUUAAAUGUUCAUACAUCUGGGGAUUGUUUAAUUACAUUAAAUUAGUGAAAUGUUAGUUUAUUGCAUUGUGUUAAAUUGUAUACAAAUUAUUAAAAUAAAAUCGUAGAAAAUCUGCUUGUAUUAUUAUGAAUGAAAUAUGCAAAAAAAUCCGCUAGGAAGUGAUUAUUUGAUUCCUAUAGUAAAUAUGUAUUAAAAUUUAUUAAUUUCUAUAAAUUUUACAAAUAUAUAUUUCAGGGAGUGAAUAAUUUUAAUUAUUAUAUUAACAGUGGUUUUGCAUAAUAAUUUUAAAUUUGCUUUUAUGUCAAUGCUCAUUAAACUAUAUUUAUUUCUUCAUGUUUUAUUAUGCUUUAUUUUAUAUCUGCCCGUUAGCUGUAUUAGUUAAAUCAUUACUAUAUGUGAAAAGAUUUGGAAUGUUUUAUAAUUGCCUACGGCAAUGUAUCAUUAUAAAAUAAUAUUAAUUUUUCUACUUAAAUUCCAAAUACAAGGGCGUUACUUACAAAUAAAUUAUCUGCUGAAAAGAUAUACUGCUAAGUCAUCAAAAACAAACAAGAUUAUUUUUUAAUUAAAUCUGAUUAUAUCUAAUCUCUGUUUCAUAUAAUCAUUAUAUCAACUUUGAUGGUUGCCGAUUUCUAAACGGAAUUAAUCAAUUGACACUAUGCCAAUUGUCAUUAUGAAAUUCGGCGCCAUUCCUCGAAUUUGACAAAAAGAUUUUGUAUUUGGGAAUUAAGUAAAAACAGUUAAACAUUUUAUUAUAUGUAAAUAAUUAUACGAACUGUCAUGUUUUUUAAAACUCGCAAAUCAAUUUACCCUCCAGUACACCAAGGAGAAAUUAUAAUGUAUAAUUAAAUAUAAUUAUUAUAAAAUAGGCUUAAAUAUAGAUUUAAAUGUAUUAAAAAAUCUUUCAACGCACAUUUUGUAUUGCAACUGAUGUUGUAAAUGAGUUUGUACUUGCAAAGAUAAUUGCAAAACUUUAAUUGGAUCUAGUAGAAAAAACAGAUACUGUUAGUGCUAUUAAUAUACAAAAGACAGAUUAUAUCAACAACGUUUUAGCAUGCCACACUUUCGCAUUUAUAAUAUUAGUUUUCAAAAGGAUUUUGUUUGUUUUAUUUUCUCCAUUUGAGUCACUUAUUCUGUUAUUUAUCUUAGACAAGUUUCACUGCAAAUUAACUCUAUCAUCUAUAAUUCGGUCUUCGUGUUGACAGAUGAGUUUAGGUUAAUAGUCAGAGACAAAACUGAGUGUGGUUAUUUCCCUCCCUUGUCAAAUUUCUAUCACAUUUUGGCGGAAGGUAGGUAGUGACUAGAAGAUUAGAGAUAACUUCAUUCCGAAACUUCUCAUUCCUAUUUAAAACCUCCUUUGUUGAAACGUUUGACAGCCAUUGCUACUUUUGACAGAUGCGAGAGUUAACUUGCAAUAUCCUUAAUUUUAGUAUAAAUAGGUUUUAAUUGUUCUCGGGUUUGGUAUACGAUUUUAAAUAUAUUUUCUUUGCGAUAUAUCCACGAAUAAAAUAUUGGUACUAAUACUGAUGUAUUUUUAGUUCUAGUUUAGAGUUUUUAUAAAAAUACUUCUAAUUACAAGUAUUUUACAAUUGUUUAAAAAAAGUCUGGCAAUGGACACCUCGGUGAACCAUGAUUGCUGUUAACCAAACCGGUUAGUAUUAGUUUAUGAUUAACGUGUGUGACAGUUAGAUUCGGUUUUAUCCCAGUGCAAUGUACAAUGCUCGCGAAAAAAGACACUAUAACAAUUAUCUGCUUUAGUUAACAUUAGAAUUAGUACCAAUGUCUUUUAAUAUUUCAGUUGUUUUCCAGUCUUCUCACUAGAUUCUCAGGUAUUCCAAAAUGUAUUAAUCCGGGGUAAGAAUUGUCAAUUAUACUCUAUCUCCCUCAUUUACAAUAGCUAUUGAAUUGUCCUUGUAUCGGUAAGACGUUACCAUGGUAACCAUUUUACACGGAAUAAACAUCGUUGCCAUGGUAAUAAAUGAGCUCGAGGCGAUGUUGUAGUUUAGUAGACUGUGGUUUAGAAUGCGUUUUGGAAUAUGGAGACUUCGCGAUAACCAAGUUUGUCAAAAACUUUUUUAGAUUUUGACAUACUCGAGCCAAGAUUCUCAGUUCGCGCCAUGUCUCGGCUCUAAAUCUUACCUUAGUACUCAGAGUUGUUAAUUAUGAAUAAACGGUCACUUAAGGCAUUUAGUAACUUCAGUUCACCAUAGUUCUAUUCAGAAGCUAAUAAAGGUCUAUGUUCAUUAAUCGACCGUUGUAUUAAAUUGUCGACUCUGAGUACUGAUUGAGUAUAUCCAUAUGUGUCAAAGCAAUAGGUAAUCAGUAAAUUUAAAUACAAUGUGUAAAUGAUUGUACAAAUUAUAUGUUUUGUGAA